UACCCAGAAAAGCACUUUACUGAACUCACUCCCCAGUGCUUGAGGGCACAGCCUGCUUUGGCAAUCUGGGCUGAAUGGCCUGUCUCCUGGAGAGCGCCUCCUUCUUUGGGCCCUGGGAGAGGGCGUCUGUGCUGCUGUGGGCUUCCGUGCUCAUCCUGGCUCCAGUCAGUGGGCAACUUGCAACUACACCCAGACCUGUGAUUUCCCUGCAACCUCCGUGGACCAGGGUCUUCCUAGGAGAGACAGUGCUUUUGACUUGCAAAGAAUUGCAUGACCCUGCACCAGGACAAACAAAAUGGUACCGUUGGUACCAAGGGAACAACAUGUGGAGUGAAUCCUCAGAAAACACCCUUGAUGUUCAUGUUACUGGACAGUACAAAUGCCAGGUCCAGGACUCACCCCUAAGUAAACCUGUGAACUUGCUAUUUUCUCCAGGCCCCAUCAUCCUGCAGGCCCCACAUUCUGUGUUUGAAGGUGACACACUGGUUCUAAGAUGCAAGAAAAAGGGGAAAGAGAAACUGAAUGCUGUGAAAUACUACUGGAAUGGAAAAAUGCUUUCUCAUCUGAAUAAAAGCAUGGAUCUUUUGAUCCCACAAGCAAGAUCAAAUAACAGUGGUCAAUAUUGGUGCACUGGAUCUGGAUCUAGGAGCAAAAAUGAUGUAUUCAGAUCAAGUCAAGUAUUAGUCCGAAUUCAAGAACUAUUUCCACUUCCUGACCUGAAAGCCACAGCCUCCCAGCCUAAAGAGGGGAGUUCCGUAAACCUGACCUGUGAAACACAGCUUCCUCUAGAGCGGUGGGACACUCGGCUUCACUUCGUCUUCUUCAGAGACAAUGGGGUUAUCCUGUCAGACUGGAGCAGGUCCCCAGAACUCCAGAUCCCAGUCAUCUGGAGAGAAAACUCAGGAUCAUAUUGGUGUGAGGCUGAAGCAGUGGCCCACAGUGUCCGCAAACGCAGCCUCCUGCUGCAGAUCCGCGUUCAGAGAGUCCCUGUGUCUGGAGUACACAUGGAGACACAGCCCCCAGGGGCGCAGGUGGCUGAAGGGGAGAAGCUGGUCCUCAUCUGCUCUGUGGUCGAGGGCACAGGGAACACCACAUUCUCCUGGCACAGAGAGGGCUCAGGGAACAGCCUGGGGAAGAAGGCCCUAUGUGCCCAGAGGGCGGAGCUGGAGAUUCCAGUAGUGUGGGAGAGUGAUGCUGGCGGUUACUUCUGUGUAGCUGACAAUGACCACGGCCCCAUCCAGAGUGAGGUGGUGACCAUCACUGUGAGAGGGACUCCAGGAAAUAGAAGUGGCCAUAUUGCUGCAGUAGUGGCUGGAGGAUCACUCAGCAUCCUUCUCCUGACUACGGCUCUGCUUUUUUACUGCUGGCACCAGAGGAAAUCAGGAGACAGUUCUCUGGGAGACGUGACUAGGAGCUCUCCCACACCAGGCCCAGGAGACCCAGUGGAACUGCGGGUGUUGUAUGGAAAAGUGAACUCCAGAGAGGAGGACUUGGUAUAUUCUGAGAUCCAGAUUAUUCAUCUGGGAGAAGAGGCAGCCAAUCUCUCCAGGACCCCUCCAGAGGACCAGCAUGUUCCAGUUGUCUAUUCUGAGGUGAAGACAAAGCUCCCAGAUGACUUAGCUGGAAAGAUCAGCUCUGAAGAUGAAGAUGCCUUGGACAGUUAUGAAAAUGUCCUACUCAUGUUCUCUUCUGGUCCCCACCUGAGCCAGAUCUUCAUGCUGCUGUGGCUGUCCCUGCUGGUCUUGGCUCCUGUCAGUGAACAAUUGGCAACUGUACCUGUGAUUUCCCUCCAUCCUUCAUGGACCACAGUCUUCCAAGGAGAGACAGUGCUUCUGACUUGCAAUGGAUUUCAUGACCACCCAACAGAGAAAACAAAAUGGCACCAUAAGGAUCCUGAGAACCAUAGGGCCACUGAUAGAGAAACCCCAGGAAAUACUCUUGAGGUCAAUGAUUCUGGAGUGUACAGAUGCCAGGUCCAGAACUCGCCCCUCAGUAACCCUGUGAACUUGAUCUUUACUUCAGCUUCACUGAUCCUACAGGCUCCCCCUUCUGUGUUUGAAGGAGAUGAAGUGGUUCUGAGAUGCCGGGCAAAAGAGCAAGCAUCACUAAGUAACCUGACACUUUACAAGAAUGGAAAAGUCCUGCAGAAACUUAGUGAAGGUUCAGACUUCCACAUUUAUCAAGCAGGUCUGAAGGACAAUGGUCAAUAUCACUGUACUGGGUUGAAGGAACGUGAUAACUCCGCUUCUUCAAAUACAGUUAAAAUACAAGUCCAAGAUCUGUUUCCACAACCUCAGCUGACAGGCAGCCCAUCCUGGGUCCUAGAGGGGAGCCAAGUGACCCUGACAUGCGAGACCCAGCUCCCUCCACAGAGGUCAGACACCAAACUCCAGUUCAGCUUCUUCAAAGAAGACCAGCCUCUAAAGUCAGGCUGGAGCAGCUCACCAGAAAUUCAAAUCACUGCAUUAUGGAAGAAAGACUCAGGAGAUUACCAGUGCAAUGCAAGGGCAGUGAAUUCCGACAUCCAGAAACAGAGCGCAAGAUACCACGUAGAAGUACAGAGAGGUGCUGCCAAUGUCCAAAUACACACCCGCCCAGACUUAGAGUGGGUGUUUGAAGGGAAGGAGCUGGUCCUCACCUGCUCAGUGUAUGGAGUCCCAGGGCACAUCACAUUCUCCUGGUAUAGAUCAAAACAGUGGCAUCAGGAAGAAGAGAUUCCGAAUUCCCGGGGAGCAGAAUUGAAGAUCUCCAGGGUGAGAAGCAGCGAUGCAGGAGAGUAUUCUUGUAAAGCUAGUAACGGCAACAGUUUCCUUUCCAGCAAAGCAGUCACCAUCAAUGUGAAAAUCCCUGUAUCUCAUCCUGUCCUCACCUUCAGACCUCAUAAGGCCCAGGCUCUUGAGGGAGAUGAGAUGACACUUCACUGUGAAGCCCAGACAGGUUCUCCCCUCAUCCUGUUUCAGUUUUAUCAUGAAAGUGUGAUCCUGGCGAAUAUAGAAGCCAGUUCAAGAUCAGCACACUUCAGCCUCACUCUGACUGCAAAGCAUUCUGGGAACUACCACUGCACGGCUGACAAUGGCUUGGGGGUCCAGCGCAGUGAGGUCGUGGUCAUCUCUGUCACUGUUCCCGUAUCUCAUCCUGUCCUCACCCUCAGAACUUCUAAGGCUAAAGCUCUUGAGGGAGACAUGGUGACACUUCACUGUGAAGCCCAGAGAGGUUCUCCCCGCAUCCUGUAUCAGCUUUUUCACAAAGGAAAACUCCUGGAGACCAGCUCAGCCCUUUCUGGAGGAGGAGCUUCCUUCCGCUUCUCUCUGACCACAGAGAGCUCUGGGAACUACCACUGCACGGCUGACAAUGGCUUUGGUCCCCAGCACAGUGAGGCAGUGAGCAUCUCCGUCGUGGUUCUAGUGUCUCGUCCUGUCCUCAACAUCAGGGUUCCCAGGGCCCAGGCUGUGGUGGGGGACAUGGUGGAGCUUCACUGUGAGGCCAAGAGAGGCUCCCCCCCAAUCCAAUACCGGUUUUACCACGAGUAUGACACCCUGGGAAUCAUGUCGUCCCCUUCUGGAGGAGGAGCCUCCUUUAGCUUCUCUCUGACCGCCGAGCAUUCUGGGAACUACUACUGUACAGCUGACAAUGGCCUGGGGGUCCAGCGCAGUGUCACAGUGCCACUCAAUGUCAGAGUUCCAGUGUCUCGCCCUGUCCUCACCCUCAGGGCUCCCAGGGCCCAGGCUGUGGUGGGGGACGUGGUGGAGCUUCACUGUGAGGCCCAGAGAGGCUCUCCCCCGAUCCUGUACCGGUUUUAUCACAAGAAUGUCACCCUGGGGAGCCGCUCAGCUUCCUCUGGAGGAGGAGCGUCCUUCAACCUCUUUGUGACCCCAGAACAUUCUGGAAACUACUUCUGUGAGUCUGAAAAUAGCCUGGGAGCCCAACGCAGUGAGGUGGUGCCACUCGAUGUCACAGUUCCAGUGUCUCGCCCUGUCCUCACCCUCAGGGCUCCCAGGGCCCAGGCUGUGGUGGGGGACGUGGUGGAGCUUCACUGUGAGGCCCAGAGAGGCUCCCCUCCGAUCCUGUACCGGUUUUAUCACAAGAAUGUCACCCUGGGGAGCCGCUCAGUUCCUUCUGGAGGAGGAGCGUCCUUCAACCUCUCCUUGACCGCAGAACAUUCUGGAAACUACUCCUGUGAGGCCGAAAAUGGCCUGGGGCCCCAGCCCAGUGAGGUGGUUAUACUCAACAUCAGAGGGCUGACAGGGAACAGAAGUGGUCAUAUUGUCACAGGAGUGACUGGAGGGCUGUUGAGCACGAUAGGCCUUGCUGCUGCGGUGCUGGUAGUCUACUGCGUGCUUAUGAGGAAAGCAGGAAAAAAGUCUGCCUCUGACCCCACCAGGAGCCCUCCCAAUUUGGACACCCAAGAGCCCACCUACCACAACGUUCCAGCCAGUAUAGAACUGCAGCCCGUGUACAGCAAUGUAAACCCUAAUGGAAGAGACGUGGUUUACUCCGAAGUCCGGAGCAUCCCAAAGCAAAAGAAACAUGCGGCAGCCUCCACACCAGGGCUUCUGAAGGACAAGGAUUCCUCUGUCAUCUACUCCCAAGUGAAGGUGGCAUCAACCCCGGCUACUUGACCCAGCUUUUGGCUUUCCCAGUUCCUCACAGAUGGGUCCACACAUCUCUCCCACUGCUGUCUCAGCCUCUGAACCUCAAAACCAUCUUUGGGGAGGAGGGGCCAUUGAAGCAGGAAGACAUAAACUCCGUCCAGUAGUCUUUGUGUCAAGUAGCCCAUGCUCUCAGUCUGGCCAGAACACAGAGCCACCCUGAGCUCCCAUCUAUAUCCCAAGUUACAGUCCUGCCCUGGCUGUCUUUUUGUCUAAUGACAUGUUGCUCCCAACCCAGGGCCCCAUCAUGUCUCCUGGCUUUAUUAGUGGAUGUCAGCUUUGGUUUCUGUUCUGAUCCUGCUUCUGUACACACCCCACCAUUCCUCAAUGAGGACUGCUCCUGAACUCCAUCAUGGAAAGUCCUGCUCUUGGUGGGUGGAUUUCUCAAUUGCCACCAGUCCAGUGGGACUGCUGAGGUGCUCUGCCAAAUGGGACAGCUUUUGUCCACAGAGACAUGUACACUGGACUUGUUGUGGACCAUUCCAACGCUGGACUGCAUUUCUCAGUCUCCGACCUAUCUGAAAAUCUAAGGUCAGCACCUGGCACUUGGAUAACUUCUUCCCUGCCCAUGAACCCAUAUCUACCUGCCCAAGUAGGUGGAUCUCACACUCCAGAUCCUAGAUCCUUCCCUGUUGGAAAUAACCAAGUCAAUUCAUGGCCAGGAGCACCAGGGGGGCAGAUAGAAUGCAUAUUGGGGUAUUGGAAGUGCUCAAUUCUUAUUUAAUUGAAUGAAUGAAUGAAUGAAUGAAUGAGGAAGAUACUAUGGGUAAUUAUGAGUCAUUUUUGCCCUCAAACUGGAAUCUGAUGCCGUGUGCCUCCUGGGAAAUCUAGGAAGAACUCUUCUCUCUCCCCUUAAUAAGAAAUAAACUAAGAGAAGGCAUUUGUAUAAUAAA